GUCACCAGGAACAGACAAAAGUUCAGUUGUUGGCAAGUGGCCUGUAGCAUUUCCUUGCAGUCAUGAUGAGUUUGCCCCUCAAUCCCAAACCUUUCCUGAAUGUAUUAACAGGAAAACCAGUAAUGGUGGAACCUAAGUGGGGAAUGGAGUACAAAGGCUACCUGGUGUCUGUAGAUGGCUAUAUGAACAUGCAGCUUGCAAACACAGAAGAAUACAUAGAUGGAGCAUUGUCUGGACAUUUGGCUGAAGUUUUAAUAAGGUGUAAUGUCCUUUAUAUCAGGGGCGUUGAAGAAGAGGAAGAAGAUGGGAAAAUGAAAGAAUAGCAUCUUUUGUGGGGAAUUUUUUAAUAUACAUUUUUAGACAAUAAACAAGUUUUUUUUCCAAAAAAAAAAAAAGAAACAAA